AUGGGAACUCGAGGCCUGGAGAUAGUGCGCUUCCACGGGCGUUACUACAUUCGCUGGCAUCAGUUCGACAGCUACCUUGAGGGUCUUGGGGCCAAUAUUAUCGCGAGAAUCCCCACAGACCCCGAAGAAUACCAAAAAUGGCUCGAUUCGAUGCGCGCCAUCUAUGCAGACAGGGAAAGUGCCCUUGAAACUAAUGUCAACGAGAUCCACGAUGGCAUUAAACCAGACUCUUCGCUUCUAAGCGAGUUCGUGGAUGUCCCUUCCGAGAUGCCCACCCUUGAUCAUUGGGUUGAGUUCAUUUACAUCAUCAACCUCGACCAGGAAGUCCUCACAAUCAACGACAGCGUACACUGGAAGUUGGGGAAUAUCCCGCGCCGGGAUGACCUCUGGCGUCACGCCAUUGUGAAAAGCAUACAUUCGAACGAGUUGACCAUAUCCCUCGACAUGUGCCCGGAAGAGCAUAUCGCCUCGCCAGCUUUGGGAAUUCCUGAGCGGAACAAGGAAACCCACUACGGCUUUCACCUCGUAAUCCCGACGAUGGACCUUGCGGACAUGGGGAAAGCAAUUCUGACACACCUGUUAACUAACACGAUCGUUCGAUACAAGCGGACGAUCCUCAGAUUUGGGAUGGAGUGGAGCCCGGACUCGUUUCCCUUUCGCGAGUUGGUGUUUGCUCUCGUCUCAAUUGCGUCUGGUCAGGCCAAACUCCAUACGUUUCCUGCUGAGGAGUGUAAUCCUCGAAAUUGUGCACACCCCACAUCAGUCCUCUGCCCUUCGAAGCACUUACAUGAGUGGAAUGGAUGGCUUUCCCAAGAGUUGGCUGGCGAUAACGGCCCGUUGCUUGAAUUUGGCUUCCCGUUUCAUCGACCGGGCGAGCCUCCAGGUGUGUCGCCAACGGGGACUAUGUACUGGUUCGAGGACGUGCUUGUCAGCCUCUCACUGGUAGUUGAUGAUGAGGCCAUCAUGAAGGCCGUUACUUGGGGCAUCGAACAGGGACGCGCCAACUUCCAGAUUGUCAUCCUAUCGCUCUUUGAAGUGGCCUUUGCGGAGGUCUACUCAGGCACUGACGUGCAAACCUUUGUUAAAGCCAGUGAUGCAAUCAAUCUUUCGCCUCUUCGUGCAGACUAUUCUCUGUGCACACACCCGCGCAUGCGGCCAGAGCGGAAGCCCGGAAUGAAGAAAUGGGAACGUCGCGGGAAAGUCAUCAUGUGGUCAAACUGCACGGCGUCGAGACAGAGACUCCAAAGCCAUUUCCCCGGAGCCGCAGCGCUUGUCAACUUCUUCGAUGUCGCCGCGAACCGUCGAGCAGCGUCUAAAUCAUCAGGAGCUUUCCCGACAGAGCUUUAUGAACGGAUUCUGGACUUUGUCGACUACGAUACAUGGAACAACUGCUUGCGAGUGUCAACAAUCUUUCGUGCCUUAUGCCUUCGCAGAUAUAGGUUUGAUGAUCGGAUGAGGAUUGUGGCAGGCCCCUUUGUGAGGCUACAAAGGGAGACUCGCUAUGAAAGUGAGUAUUUCUAUCAAGAUGAGUCUCGCUAUAAAGAGGAGACUCGCUCUAAAAAGGAGCGUGUGGCAUCCUUCGCCUUCGAAAACAUGCAAACUGGCGAGAUUUUCCCAAUGAUGCGGGCUCUGAGGGGUGAAAACAAAUACACGGAGGAGUACAGGUGGAUGCCAAUCAUUGGUAGCGACCGAAAAGCGCUCAUGAUGGACGUAUCUUUCCAGUUUGCGCCAGCGGAAGAUGUGCCAGUGGAGGCCGACAGUGAUACCCCAAUGGAGGAAGACGGCGAUGUUUCCGUGGAGGCUGACAGUCAGCCAGGGGAGGCUUACAAAUAUGAGGAAGAUGAAAGUGAGUCAGAGUCAGAGUCAGAGCGGGACGACGAGUAUCCCCCAGGAGAUGAGGAGGAAGAGGAAGAGGAAGACAGCGAGGAUGGAAGUGCAUGA